AUGGGAAAUUGUAUAAGAAAGGAAUCCUCUACACAAUGGGGUGGUGAAAAUUGGGGCUCCGAAACUCCAUUUUCGGAUCACAAAACUGAAACCCAGCCGAUGAAUAUUGAAGAGAAUAGUCUUCGUAAAGUCUCUUCUGCACUUGGAAAAGAGGUGAAAAUUAAAAUCACGAAGAAGCAACUUGAAGAAAUGUUAAUCAAGGCCGACAUUCAAGGAUUAUCAGCGCAUCAAAUUCUGGCCCAACUGAUGAACGACAGAGGUCGAUUUGAGUCCCAUCAUCGCUCAUGGACCCCGGCCCAGCAAAGUAUACCUGAAUGA